UCUGUUGACUGUUUGCAAAUGGUUCCAUGAGUCGUUCUGAUUCCACAUUAGAACCGUUUGGAAUUGCAAUUUAUGUGUUACUCGAGUUCUUAGCGUCCAGAUAUGGAAAGCAAAGUGUGUAAAGUUACUCAACCCAAGAGAAAUCACAGUGACGACGAAGAUAACCGCGAUGCAAAUCAUAAAAAGAGACACAGCAGUCGAGAUCGCUAUUCAACCAGAGAUAAAUACGAUAAGGGUGGCAGACGCAAAUAUGAAGAAUUGAAAGUCGGUGAUCCGUACUAUUCUGGCGGUACAAUUGAUGGUAACCGAAAAGAUGAAGAUGAAUCCAGACAUAGGAGAAGACAUAGAAGUAAAGAUCGUCGUGAGAAAGAAAACAGAUCGAGAAAUGAAGAGAAUCAAAAGGAUGGACAAAUUGGUGCUCCAUAUUAUUCAGGUGGAAUAGCAGCGGUUGAACGUGAGAGUGGUGAAGAAUCAAGUUGUGAUGAGGAUGAUAAAAUUGGACAGCGGUACUAUUCCACUGAUGCAGCUGAUUCUCAGAGGAAGAAUAGUGAAAGUUAUUGGAAUAAGUAUGCUAAAAAAGACAAAAAACCAGAGGAUGACAGUGAUAUUCCUUCACAUCAGAAAAAAACUGUUGAUUUAUUAACAUCUAAAACUGGAGGUGCCUAUAUACCACCAGCUAAAUUAAGAAUGAUGCAAGAAAGUAUUACAGAUAAAUCAAGUGCUGCAUAUCAGAGAAUUGCCUGGGAAGCAUUGAAAAAGUCAAUACAUGGUUUAACUAACAAAAUUAAUGUGGACAAUAUUGGGAAAGUCACAAGGGACAUAUUACGUGAAAAUAUUGUUCGAGGAAGAGGUUUAUUAUGCAGAUCUAUUAUGCAAGCUCAGUUGGCCUCAACAACCUAUACUCAUGUUUAUGCUGCAUUAGUUGCUAUUAUAAACACAAAAUUUCCUAACAUAGGAGAGCUCUUAUUGACAAGAUGUAUUGUACAGUUCAAAAGAGCAUAUCGUCGAAAUGAAAAAUCUCAAUGUUUGGGAUCAGUAACAUUUAUUGCUCAUUUGAUUAAUCAGAGUGUUGCCCAUGAAAUAUUGGCUUUAGAGUUAUUAACACUAUUUGUAGAGAAUCCUACUGAAGAUUCAAUUGAAGUAGCUGUAGCAUUUUUAAAAGAGUGUGGUCAAAAAAUGAGUCAAGUCAGUAAAAAAGGAAUGAAUGCUAUUUUUGAUAUGUUACGUAAUAUUUUACACGAUGGACAACUAGAUAAGCGGGUUCAAUAUAUGAUAGAAGUAAUGUUUCAAAUACGUAAAGAUGGAUUCAAAGAUCACCCAGCUGUUAUUGAACAACUUGAUUUAGUACCUGAAGAGGAUCAGUUUACUCAUUUAUUAACGCUAGACUCUGCUAAAGAUCCACAAGAUAUUCUAAAUGUAUAUAAGUUUGAUCCGGAUUUUGAAGCUAAUGAAGAACGUUACAAAUCAUUAAGAGCAGAAAUAUUAGGAUCAGACAAUGAAGAUGAUAGUGGCUCUGAUUGUGGGGAGGGUGAUGAUGAUGAUGAUGAUGAUGAGGAUGAUGAAGAAAAUGACGGUGAAGAAAAAGAUGGGGAAAGUAAAGUAAUAAUAGAUAACACAGAGACAAACAUGAUAUCUCUAAGAAAAACAAUUUAUUUAACAAUACACUCAUCCUUGGAUUAUGAGGAAUGUGCUCAUAAAUUAAUGAAAAUGCAACUAAAACCUGGACAAGAAAUAGAAAUGUGUCAUAUGUUUUUAGAUUGCUGUGGUGAACAAAGGACGUAUGAAAAAUUUUUUGGUCUUUUAGCGCAAAGAUUUUGUCAAAUAAAUAACGUGUUUAUUGAGCCACUACAGAAAAUUUUUAUUGACAGCUAUGCAACUGUUCAUCGCUUAGAGACUAACAAACUACGAAAUGUUGCCAGAUUCUUUGCUCAUUUGUUGUUCACAGACUCUAUAUCAUGGGAUGUCUUAUCAACAAUACAUCUAAAUGAAGAGGAAACUACUUCUUCUAGCAGAAUAUAUAUUAAAAUUCUAUUCCAAGAACUAGCUGAACAUAUGGGACUUAAUAAAUUGAAUGCUAGAGUUCAGGAUCCGGAUUUGAAAACAGCCUUUGAAGGAAUUUUUCCUAAAGACAAUCCCAAAAAUACUAGAUUUUCAAUUAACUUUUUUACUUCUAUUGGUUUGGGUGGUUUAACAGAUGAACUGCGAGACUUCUUAAAAGAACAACCAAAACAAGUACCAGCCGUUGCUAAAAUUAUUGAUCAACUUUCUGAGUCAUCAGAUUCUGAAAGUGAUAGUAGUUCAAGUAGUUCAAGUAGCAGUAGUAGCAGCAGCAGUGAUAGUUCUAGCAGUAGCAGUGACAGUUCAAGUAGUAAUAAUAGCAGCAAACUUGAUAACAAUAAUAGAAACAAUAAAAUUGAAAAUCUCUCAAAAAAUGAGGAUAGAAAGAAGACUGAAACUCCAAGAAAAUAUGAAGAAAGAAAUGAAAAUGAAAAAUCUAGAAGGUACGAAGAAAAAAAAGAUAAUGAUUUUUCUAGAAAAAAUGAAGAAAAAAAAGAAAAUUAUAGGUCAAGAAGAAAUGAAGAUAGAAAUGACAUUGAUACAUCAAGAAGAAAUGACGAGAGAAAAGAAAUUGACAAGUUUAAAAGAAACGAAAAUGAUAAAUUUAGAAGGAAUGAUGAUCGAAAAGAAAAUGAAAAAUCAAGAAGAAAUGAAAAUGACAAAUUCAGGAGACAUAAUGAAAUAAAAGAAAUUGAUAGAUCUACUAAUAGAAAUGAAAAGGGAAAAGAUAAUGACAGAUCUAGGAGAAAUGAAGAAGGAAAAGAAAACGAUAAAUCUCGAAGAAAUGAAGAAGGUAAAGAAAGUGACAGAUUUAGAAGAAAUGAAGACGGAAAAGAAAACAACAGAUCUAGAAGAAACGAAGAAGGGAAAGAAAGUGACAGAUCUAGGAAAAAUGAAGAAGGAAAAGAGAAUGAGCGGUAUGGCAAGAGAAAUGAAGAUGGAAAAGAAAAUGAUCGAUAUAGCAAGGUAAAUGAAGAAAGAAAAGAAAAUGAUCGAUAUAGUAAGAUAAAAGAAGAAGGAAAAGGUAAUGACAAAUCUAGAAGAAAACGAUAAAGGAUUGAGUCAUAUUUUUUAUACUAAUUUUUUAAUAUUCAUAGGUAGUUUGUAAAACAUUUUAUUAUAUUCUUUUAAACGUCAAAUUAUUUGUUUAUUGUAAAUACUUUCCAUCUGUUAAUGUUGACUGUAUUUAAACAUUUAUUAAACACAUUUUCAGUAC